UUGACCGUUGUCGAGGAAUAGCGAUUACAAGCAGAUUGUCUUCUCGAAGGUCGAGAGGACGCGGGGAUACCGAUGUGCGAUUGAUACGAUGCGGUGAAGUGAAACGUGUCCUGGGCGCGGCGACUCCGGUGGAAGGAAAAAAACUAUUCAAGGUGGCCGGCAUGUGCACGCAGUCCUGCCGCGGCACCGCUGCUGCUGUUGUCAUCCUGGCGAUGUUCCUCUGCCGGAUUUGCUCCGCCGAAGAGCAACCCGGAUCCUCGCGCGGACCGGCCGUCCUGGAAACAUGCAACGUAACUGCCGAUGGACGGGAGUUCACCUGUCGCGGGGCUGGUUUCCUAUCCAUCCUGGAGCCCCUCGAUGCCGUUGUACUUCCAUCCGUCGCGAAUCUAACGAAACUAGACCUAACGAGCAACAACAUAACAGACAUUCCAGUCCGUGCCUUCCGUCGAGUUCCCAGUCUUGAAGUGUUAUUACUCCGACGAAAUCGUUUGCACACGAUCGCCGACGAUGCAUUCACAAACUUGACGAGCCUUCGAGUAUUGGAGCUCGAUGACAAUUAUUUAACAAAAAUUCCGACCGCGAUCGUAAACCUCUCUGGCCUUGAAGACCUGUCCCUCUCGAACAACCGUAUCGAAAAGCUGGAGGAACGUGUUUUCGAAAGCGUCACUAAUCUGUUGUCGCUCGAUCUGCGCGGAAACCCCAUCAAGGAAAUACACCGGAAUACUUUUCAGAAUCUACGAAAGCUCCGCAAACUGAUCCUCUCGAAUCUGAAGGAAUUGCGGAUAUUUCCGAAUCUAAAUGGAACGCGAUCGUUAGAGAUAUUAAGAUUAGAUCGCGCGCAAGUGACGAACGUUCCAUCGGAUCUCUGCAAGCAAUGCCCGAAAUUGAAAAGUCUCGAUAUGAAGUCGAAUUACCUCACGGAGUUACCGAAUCUAAGAAACUGCAGCGAGCUGCGAGUUUUAGAUUUGGCCAGUAAUCGGAUCUCCAGGUUGCUGGACGAGCCGUUCGAAGGGCUGCUGAUGCUGCACGACCUCCUUCUGUCGAACAACAAGCUACGCAUGAUCUUGAGCGACGCGUUCACUGGCUUGUCGCGGCUGCAGGUGUUAGACCUGGAGAGCAACUACAUCGAGUACAUACACCCCGACGCGUUCAAGGAGACCAAGCAUCUCGAGGACCUAAAUCUCGGGAACAACGUGUUCCCUGCACUGCCCACUCAGGGACUCUCAGGAUUGUUGCACCUUAAGACGUUCAACAAUCCAGCGCUGAGAGAGUUCCCAUCGCCUGAGAGAUUUCCACGUGUCCAGACGAUGGUGCUGUCCUACGCUUAUCACUGUUGUUCCUUUCUGUCCCUGGAAGUGGAGGACCCGGUGACUAAAUCCUCCGUCCAAGAGUCGAUCUUGUUCCCCACUGACAACGAGUUCGACAUGAGUCUGUGGAACUCGAGCUUUACCGAUAUUUGGCCGCAGCACAAUAACAUGACCGACAAAUUCGGCUCGCAAAUAAAUGAACUUUGGGCUAACUUUGGUUCAGAUUUUACGUACCCUGGUAACCUGCCCUCAUAUCUUGAGGAUUAUUUUGACGAGCAGAACAGAGCUACGGUGCCAGCUCAGACACUGCCUUUUCACGUUCAGUGCCUACCUCAACCUGGCCCUUUUCUGCCGUGUCAAGAUCUAUUCGACUGGUGGACACUGCGUUGCGGCGUAUGGGUGGUCUUUCUGCUCGCCAUGCUUGGAAACGGGACGGUGGUGUUCGUAUUAAUAUUCUCCAGGAGCAAAAUGGACGUACCACGAUUUCUGGUUUGCAACUUGGCCGCGGCGGACUUUUUCAUGGGCAUUUAUUUAGGUCUUUUGGCGGUGGUAGAUGCCUCCACCCUGGGGGAGUUUCGAAUGUACGCCAUUCCCUGGCAAAUGUCAGCCGGUUGUCAGCUGGCUGGUUUCCUUGGCGUGCUAAGUUCCGAGCUGAGCGUGUACACCCUGGCGGUGAUCACGUUGGAGAGGAACUAUGCGAUAACGCACGCGAUGCACCUGAACAAACGGCUGUCCCUGAAGCACGCGGGCUACAUAAUGACCGUGGGAUGGUGUUUCGCCCUGUCGAUGGCGACCCUGCCGCUGUUCGGUAUCUCGGACUAUAGAAAGUUCGCGAUAUGUCUACCGUUCGAGACGAACGGGAACGCGGCGCUCACGUACGUGAUCUUUCUGAUGCUGAUCAACGGCGUCGCGUUCCUAAUAUUGAUGGGAUGCUACCUAAAAAUGUACUGCGCGAUCAGGGGCUCCCAGGCCUGGAACUCGAACGACUCCCGUAUAGCGAAGCGAAUGGCGCUGUUAGUGUUCACGGAUUUCCUCUGCUGGUCCCCCAUAGCGUUCUUCUCCCUGACGGCCACGUUCGGAUUGCAGCUGGUCUCUCUGGAACAGGCGAAGGUGUUCGCGGUGUUCGUGCUGCCGUUAAACUCCUGCUGCAAUCCGUUUCUAUACGCGAUCCUGACCAAGCAGUUCAAAAAGGACUGCGUGCUGAUAUGCAAGGCGAUCGAGGAGUCUAGGGUGACUAGGGGGAUCGGCAGAUGCCGGCACAGCUCGAACUUCAGCAACCGGCAGACACCGGUGAACACUAAUAGCCUGGUGGACAGGUCGUCGCGCGACAAUCAAACGCCGUGCGCCUGUAACGCGAGACUCCUCGAGACCGGGCAGUGCUCCGGCUACCGACGAUGGGGCACCAGGAUAUUGUGGCCGUGCGCCAAGAACACGCGUCCUCACCACACGCGCAGCGAUCAGUACGCCUAUCAGAUCGCCGAGAUCCAGCAGAAGCAGCACAAACGAGCCUCGUCCGUCUCCUCCAGCGAGAACUUCUCCUCGUCGAGAUCGGAUUCCUGGAGGCAGACCCACCAUUGCGGCAUCCCGUUGCGACUCCUCGACCCGAAGAGGAGAGCCUCGUCUUGGCUGAUCACCAGGAAACCAUCCCAGGACUCGAACCUCAGCUCGUCCAGAAACGACUCGUCCGGCUCGGCCACCACUGCCAGCACCAGCACAUGGAGGAUCUCCAGGUCGAGCGCGUCCUUGGAAAUAAACGCGCGGAAUACACCGAGACCGGCCAGGUCGAAGCCAAGACUGACCCGUCAGCUGGCGAUCCAGGAGCCAGAACCACCGGGAUCGCCUAGCAGGCUAGCUGUCAGGCUACUCGCGACGAUACCAUCCGCUGCCGAAACCAGUGACCAACAGGACGACGAAAAUACGCCGCAGAUUUAGAGACACUGAGUCGUUUGUAAUGGACCACUGGAAUCGGGUCUCUUUGCUCCCGAACGAUUUCAGUAUUAAGCGUUUCGAGAGUCGUAGUUGUGCAUAUUAGUGGUCGCGUUUUCUCUAAGAGCAUCGUUUGUUCUCGACAUAGUCAAAACAGCUUUUGCGGCCAAGAGAACCACACCGACAACCCGUUGAAACGAGUAUAACGAAACUACUUGCAUCCUCUUUGUACCAUUAUUCGCGCGAGUUUUGGUAGACGUUAUAGACGGUCCAAGCCAACGAUAGCAAAAGACCAAUCUACCUUCAGUGACCGUCCGUUACACGUGCAGAUAUGAUGCAUACAAUAGUCACGUUCGUUAGAUAUUACCGAGGAUCAUUACGCGUCAACGAACAAUAACCUUUCAGAAGGCUCGAAACCUCUGUCAUCGAUGAAAAACUGGUUGUGCGACCUAUAUUUCUAUGGAAUAUCGUCUAGAGGUUUGCAAGCAUUCGGAAUCGUUUACCGGACAACAUAUUUCGUAGCAUAAUAAUUUAAUACGACGAUAACGGAGAUUUAAUUUAACGUGUAAACAAAUUGAGGACGUAUCUCUGAAAACUGAAUUCCUAGACUGGUCAAUUUCUAUGGAGAUUUUAGCAUAAAACGGACUCGAAGAUCGUAAGUUUACAUCCGCGACAAGAAACUUGACGUUAUAUAUAGUUUCGGAUUAAGAAUAAAGCGAUAAAGUAUUUAUUAACAAAUUAAAAGGACACACGAUGUUUGUUACUUUUUUUUUCUUUUUAAAAAAUUACUCGGCCUGACAGGAUGUUUGAGCGCUUCUUUCGAAAAUACGCGUGAUCGGUAUUCGAAGAACAGAUCCGUUGUAUUUCGAUUAUUAAUAGAUGCGUUUGCGUUAUUAUAAGACUGACGGUUCGUACAAUUCGUCCUGUAAACGUGUAACCGAUUUCCAGUUGAAAAUCGGAUCGCAUAAUGCAUGAAGAGUCUACGGAAAAUAUGAAGAAUGUCAAGUUUUUGCAGUUAUCAGCUUUUCCGUGGACCCCUCAUACGAUUCGUGAACAAGUUCCGCAAUACUAGUAAUAAACGAUUACUUCUCUGGCGAUUAAACGACGAUAUUUGUUUAUCAGUACGGUGGUCCAUAAAUUUUUACCGAACUAAUUAAAAUUUAACAAAAAUUUUUAGACUUUUCUAGCCGCUUUACAGAAAUAUAUUGUAAAUAGAGUUGUUGCAACGAAAUUAAUUUUGACAACUUCCAUAAAAAAGUAUUUACCUAUUUAUACCAAAGUAAUCAUCGAUAUUACAUGAAUUUGUUACGACUGAAUAUUACAAAACGAAUGUAGAACGAAGUACUGCCAACAAAAUAACGUAUGUAAUUAAUUAUUAAUUCAUAAAAAGUCUACAGUUAGAUCGUUACGAAUAAUACAGAAUAAAUCGGAAUAGAGUACUGAUUUAUUUGAAUAAUUAUUAGGAAUAAUGUAAUCACAAUCAUUUUUACAGUUCAUCUAGAAUUUAUUAACAAAGUCGAACGAAUCGUAACUUUUAAACAAUAGUUAUUGUCAGAGUAAAGUACUCUAAGAAUUUAUGGGCCAUCGUAAUACCAAGUAAUUGUUGUGUUCAUUAACCGUGAUAAUGAACGAUUAACGAGUGCAGCUAAGUUAGUUAACUGUUAGGUUACAGUUAGAUCCUUCUAGCCUAAAAAUUAUUAUAAGAUUGUUAUACAGGAUGGCCAAGUAAUUAAUGCCACCUAAGUGUCCCUAAGCUUGUAAAAGUUAUAGAAAAGUUUUCGACGAAGAGUACAGCAAAGGCCUUUGAAUCGAACAAAACGCUUUGGAUAUUAACAAAAAUUUCGUUGGUGUGUUAGUGUCGUUGUAGAUCGUUUAUUGCAGUCAUCCAACGUUUACUCUAUUGCAACAAGAUAGACAUAACAGUACGCAAAGAGUUCGACGAACUAUGAUGAUCCAUUCUAAAUCUGGCGAUCUUUCUUCGACGAAAUUUUUCUCUAACUGCCGUGACCCUUCGGUGGUAAUUAGGUGACCAUCCUGUAGUGUGCAAAUGUUUAUACGCGGUAGAGACGCUUAUAGUAUUACCACUUAUCGGGCUCGUUCUAUUGUUAAAUGCGUUAUUUCGUCCUUCGCGCGAUCGUUUCCAUUGUUUUCAUAGCAACCGUUGCUAUGUCCAUUUAUCCACUUUUUGAGUGUCGUUUCGUCGACUCGACGAACACGUUUUUGCGUAUGUGUCCGAACCGAACUAUUUAAUAACGUUUUUCUAAUAAAACUGUGCAUUACGAUAAAA